AUGUUCUUCAAGGCGAGAGCAAAUACAAAAGUCAUUGAGGGAGUAGAGGACAUUGAAGGGUGGGACGAUGUGAAAGAGGAGGAUAAAGAGCCAAUUCUGAAGUUUAUCGACGAGUUGAAUGAGCUUCGUGCCAAUAAAGGAGAAGGAGGAGCAAAACGAACACCGAAAAAGAAAGCGGACGACACGGCUUCACCUGAAAAGGUAAGUGGUCUGCAUUUGAAUAGUCCUCAGUUUUCUGCCAAGGACUGCAGCACUUCAAAAACUGCAAACUUUAGUCUUAAAAUCUCUCCCUUUUUCUCAAAUCAAAGCACUGCUGCGACGAUUUGCUUGGAGUACUGUAAGGUUGUUAUAUUUUGUGAUGUUGUCAUGAAAAAAGUAUAA